AUGUUGAUUUUGCAGGUUCAUAUUGUGUACAUGGGGUCCCUAAGCAAGGUGGAUUAUGCACCAUCCGCUCACCAUCUCAGUUUGCUACAACUAGUCGCUCAGGGCAGUUCUGCAGAAAAUUUGUUGGUUAGAAGUUACAGAAAGAGUUUCAAUGGAUUUGCUGCCAAGCUCACUAGUCUUGAAGCAGAGAAGUUAGCUGGCAUGAAGGGGAUUGUGUCAGUUUUUCCGAGUAAAGAACUCAAACUUCAUACAACAAGAUCUUGGGACUUUAUGGGUAUGCCAGAAACAGCAAAGCGAAAUCCUGUGAUUGAGAGUGAUGUUGUUGUUGGAGUUAUCGACACUGGAAUAUGGCCCGAAUCUCCGAGCUUUAGCGAUGAAGGUUUCAGUCCUGCUCCCAAGAAGUGGAAGGGUGUUUGUAAUGGCGGCGCAAACUUUACAUGCAAUAAGAAAAUCAUUGGAGCUCGAUUUUAUUUGGAGGACUCUGCAAGGGAUAAUGUAGGGCAUGGAUCCCACACUGCCUCGACAGCGGCUGGUAAUGUAGUAAAGGAUGUUAGUUUUUAUGGAUUAGGAAAAGGUAUUGGGAGAGGAGGGGUUCCAUCGGCGAGGAUAUCGACAUACAAAGUUUGUUCUGAAACCGCCUGCGCUACAGAAGAUAUCUUGGCUGCUUUUGAUGAUGCUAUUGCCAGUGGAGUUGAUCUCCUAACGGUUUCAUUGGGAGGCAGUGCAGUUACAUUUGACGUGGAUGCAAUUGCAAUUGGCGCUUUUCAUGCUAUGGAGAAAGGAAUACUUACAGUAAACUCCGCAGGAAAUAACGGCCCCGAUGCAGCGACAGUUGCAAGUGUAGCACCAUGGUUACUCAGUGUCGCAGCAAGCGGUACAGAUCGUCGAUACGUCGACAAAGUUGUUCUUGGGAAUGGAAAAACAUUGACCGGUUAUUCAAUUAAUUCAUUCUCCCUAAAUGGAACAAUGUUUCCACUCGUAAAUGACGGAAAUGCACUAGUGAAAGGAAAGAUUGUGCUCUGCGGGGAUUUUUAUUGUCUUGGUAAUUCUCAAAGUUCAGUCGCAGCUGGGGCAAUUGUUUCUGCUACGGUGCUUGACGUUUCCUACGUCGUACCAUUUCCAGCACUAGCGUUGAGCAGAAGCAACUUUGAUAUAAUCGACGCCUACAUGAACUCUACAAAGAAACCUCAAGCAACAAUCUCGAUAGGUCAGACUAUCAAGGACUCGAAUGCACCAGUCGUUGUUUCGUUCUCCUCUCGUGGACCAAAUGUCAUCGCUGCUGAUAUCAUGAAGCCUGAUGUAACUGCACCCGGGGUAGAAAUAUUAGCAGCAUAUUCUCCAGUUGCUCCGGUCUCAAGUAUCGCUGACGACAAAAGGAGUGCUAAAUACAACAUAUUAUCCGGAACCUCCAUGUCUUGCCCUCAUGUUGCUGGGGUAGCUGCAUAUGUAAAAACGUUUCGACCAGAUUGGUCUCCUUCCGCUAUCAAAUCUGCUAUAAUGACCACUGCUUGGCCAAUGAAUGCUACCAAAAACAAGGAAGCUGAAUUCGCUUAUGGAUCCGGACAUGUUGAUCCAGUAAAAGCUCUUAAUCCUGGGCUUGUGUAUGAAUCACUCAAGGAAGAUUAUAUAACAUUCUUAUGCAGCAUGAACUACACUGAGGAUCGAAUCAAACUCAUUUCAGGAGAUAACAGCACUUGCAGCAAGAAAGCAUCAUCACCCAGAGAUCUAAAUUACCCCUCUAUGACAGCACAUAUUGAUCCAAAUGUACGUAAAUCUUUUACAGUUGAGUUUCACAGGGUGGUUACAAAUGUGGGCCCUGCAAACUCUACUUACAAAGCCCAAGUGUUGAAAAAUCCGAAGCUGGAUAUCAAGGUUGUCCCUCAAGUACUCUCCUUCAAGUCCUUGAACCAGAAGAUGGCUUUCACUGUUACUGUUUCUGGUGGAGGUCUAGCAGAUGGAACUAUAUUUUCUUCAUCGUUAGUAUGGUCUGAUGGUGUUCAUAGCGUCAGAAGCCCAAUUGUUGUGCAUACAUAUUCGCAGUAUUAUUGAUCUUAUGCCAACAAAUGUUCUUUGAUUAAUGUCUUCUGUAUUUUGAUGAGAAUAUUA